ACAACAUUAGCCGCAAAUGAUGAUGAGAAAACGGGAUGGGGCCCCAAAGGUGAACAUAAAUUACGUCAAAAAGGACAGAGCAGGUGCAUUCAUGUUAGUGAAUUUUUGUGUGAACCACUAGGCCGAGUUCAUUUAACUGAAGAACAUCAUGCAGCUCACUCUGAAAUUUCAAAACGUUACGUUACGGA